CUUCGAGGCGCAGGCAAGUCGCACCACUGACAGCUGGGAGUACUGGGCGGCAUCAGUUCACUUUCUGUUUAGGAGUUCGUCUAUCGAUCGUCCCGGAUUUACUGGAUGAAAAACAACAUUAAAACAGAACAGAUUCUUUAUGAAGCCUUAAAAACCACAGACUGUCAUAAAAAUGCUGAAAUUCUCCGCAGCGACACUUUUCCUUUGUUUGUUGACGAUGCUGGAGACAUCUGUCCACCGGGGAUCUUGUUUAUCGGACAGCGUCCAAAGCUUUGAUGAAGAUGCUUUCACCAUUCAGCACUCCACAACAGGUAAAUGCGUGGCGAUAGGGCUCUCCAGAGACUUCAGCAUGACCUUCUGCAACUCCACCAACAGUUCCCAGCUUUGGAAGUGGGGUUCGGGUGACCGGCUCUUCCACUUGUCCACAUCUCUAUGCUUGGCACUGAACGUCACCUCAAAGAUGCUUUCCUUGGUUGACUGCGGCUCCAGCUUCCCUUUGUCGUGGCGCUGUCUUGGCGGAUUGGUGUUCACUGUUUAUCAGAUGGGCCUGACAGUCAUCAAAGACAAAGUUGGGGUCAAUCGGGACUCUAACAACACUUGGGUUAGAGGAGGAUCUCAAGACAACAUCUGCCAGAGACCUUAUCGCAUUGUUCACACCACCAGAGGGAACUCUGCAGGAGCUCCAUGCGAGUUCCCCUUCAAGUACAAGAACAGCUGGCAUCAUGGAUGUAUUCCUGAUGCACAGCUCCCCAGAGUGUCCUGGUGUGCCACAUCCUCAGACUAUGACCAUGAGCAAAAGUGGGGGCACUGUCUAAUACCUGAGGAGGGUUGCCAGACUCUGUUCUCCGGGCCAGCUGAAGGACCCUGCUACGAGUUUGUUUCCAGCGCCACGGUGACCUGGCACGAAGCUUUGCAUUCAUGUCGCAGUCAGGGAGCCGAUCUUCUCAGUGUGUCGGACUUCGAUCUCAACUCCCCAGCCUUGUUGGAAGGUCUUAACCAAAUGCCAGACAGGAUGUGGAUUGGCCUUCACCAGUUAGACAUUUCUCAGGGAUGGCAGUGGUCAGACGGCUCCCCUCUAAAUUUCUUGCAGUGGGAAGAAGGAAUGCCAUACACCUCCAUCCUUAUUGAGUCAGACUGCGGCGUCUUGAAUUCUGGGAAGAACUAUGAGUCAGAAUCAUGCAACAAACGGCUGCCGUACGUCUGCAAGAAGAGGGUGAACGCCUCUGACACAACAGCCACAGACCUUUUUGUAAAUAAAGAAACAGAGUGUGCAACGGACUGGGUGCCUUGGAAUGGCUGGUGUUACAAGUUAAUAAAUGACAUCAACGAACAGAGAAGCUUUCCAGAUGCUCGAGAGUACUGUAACAGCACAGAAGGAGGCGCACAUCUAGCCAGUUUCCACUCCAUUGACAGCAUUGAGAUGAUCAGCACAUAUUUCCUGCCAGAUGGGAACUUCACUGGUGUUUGGAUUGGUCUCAUGGGUCAUGGGUUAAAAUCCACCAUCUUCAUGUGGACUGACCAGGAGCCCGUCAACUUCACCUACUGGGACCAAAACCAACCUAUCCAGUUUGCUCAGGAUCCCAAAUGUGUCUUCUACUCUGAAGAGUCUCUUGGUUGGCGGGUCGGGGACUGCUCAAACAAGCUGCCUUUCAUGUGUCAGACGAAAGGACACUUCAAUGAUUCUGCAACACAAGCUGGAUGUCGCUAUGAAGAUGGUUGGAGGAGGCAUGGCAACUCCUGCUUUCUAGUGAAGACCGAACAAGUACCCUUCAAAGACCACUGUAACGUCACUAUAAGAAACAGGUUUGAGCAGGCCUUCAUCAACCGUCUGCUUGCAGAACACAUCAGCAAAGACCCUCAAUAUUUCUGGAUAGGCCUGCAGGACAUCAAGAACACAGGAGAGUACCAGUGGUUGAGCCAAAAUGACUCCCCGGGCGUGGUCACAUAUACAAACUGGGGCUGGUUAGAACCAGAUCGGGACAGAGGGUGUGCUGUGAUUUCGACAGCAAAACCUCUGGGCAAAUGGGAGGUGAAGAACUGUACCCUUUUCAAAGCCGGCACUAUCUGUAGAACAGAUCUCAGGCCGCCUCCCCCACCAGAACCAGAACCAAAUCCUAAUGCAACCUGUACUGAUGGAUGGAUGUCUGCAGCAGACAGUAAAUAUUGCUACAAGGUGUUUCAUGAGGAGCGGCUCGGCAGGAAACGCUCCUGGGAGGAAGCCAGGAGGUUCUGUCAGGCUUUGGGAGCCAACCUGCCCAGUUUCACAAACCUAAAAGAGAUGACAGCCCUGCACGGUAUUCUGAGACACUCAAUCAGUGAUGAUCGGUACUUCUGGGUAGGCCUGAAUAGGAGAAAUCCGGCCGAUCCAUCCUGGCAGUGGAGUGAUGGCCGACCUGUGUCCUUAGAUGUUUUACACCACGAGUUCCAUGAGGACGACGUGUAUAACAGAGACUGCACUGCUUUCAAGUCAAUGAAGAGGACUUUCACACACCUGCUGCUGCUCUUACAUGAAAUUAACCUCACACCAUUCUUCGCCACGCCGUUCCACUGUGACGCGCGGUUGGAGUUGGUCUGCCAGAUUCCCCGCGGAGUUUCACCAAAGAAACCUGAGUGGUACAAGCCUGAUGGCCACCAUGACACCUCUGUCUUCAUGGAUGGGGCUGAGUUCUGGUUUGUAAAACAGCCCAAACUAAGCUUUGAUGAAGCAGCUCUGUACUGCAAUGCAAAUGGCAGCAAACUGGCUGCCCCAACAAGCAUUGAUGCAGUUGCGAAGAUCCAGGAACAACUAAAGGCUUUGUCAGAGUCAGUGGAUCAAAACUGGUGGAUCAACAUGACCCGCCCCUGGCACCCGUUCCCCCAUAUGUUCACCCAGACGUACUUUUACCAGUCAUAUUUUUUGGGCCGAUGCACUUUCAUCAGUCCUAAACGUUCUUUUCCAGACCAUGAUCAAAGUUGUCAGCAGAAAAGUCCGUUUGUGUGUGAAAAGCUCAAUGUCUCAUUGGUGGAUAAAGACCCUGUGAAACCCCAUCCUGCAGGAUUUCCCUGUGGAAGCAGCUCAUUCUCUUUCGGGAAAAAGUGCUACACCUUGAUGAACAUGAGCUCUGUAACAUUCAAACAUGCCAAUGAAGAAUGCCUUUCUGUGAGGGGAACCCUGGUCACUAUAUCAAAUCAGGUGGAACAAGACUUCAUCAACACUCUCCUGCCAAGGGUGAAACACAUGGAAAGAAUAUGGAUUGGUCUGAAAAUCAAGCAGAGCAACUCAGAAUGGGUUGAUCAGAGUCGAGUUACCUACUUCAAUUUAAAUCCUCUGCUUCUGGGCAUGCACAAGGCUGUGCGAGUCAAUAGAUUUGAUCCUGAGAGCUCAGUCAUUUGUGCUUUCCUAAUCAAUAAUCCCAGCUCUGACAUGCUGGGAACCUGGGACUACUCUCCUUGCUCACAGAGUCAAAGUCUGGGCAUUUGCCAACACUAUGCAGAUACAGAUGAGAAGCCGCUUAUCUCUGAAAAGCCUUUCCAGGUCAAAAACUACACCUUCCAAUUGGUCGUCAAAAAUCUUACCUGGUCUGAAGCUUUGAAUUACUGCAGGACAAAAAAUAUGUAUCUGGCGGGCGUUCACGAUGCCAUCAUACAGUCCCACCUCAGUGUGAGCGUGAGACGCGCUGGAACCCCCAUGUGGAUCGGCCUUUUUAGCGAAGAUGAUGGGCUGCACUACCGGUGGAACGACCACAGUCACACUGUGUUCAGUCGAUGGUCUCCGGAUCCCACCAGCGGAGACUGUGUGUACCUGGACACAGAUGGCUUCUGGAAAGCCACAGAAUGUGAGGAGGAGCUUGGAGGUGCCAUCUGCUACCAACCACACGAUGAGGUCAUUCCCUCGCCGGAGCACGCUACUGCAAUGUGCCCUCAUAGCAUUAAUGGACCAAACUGGGUUCCCUGGAGGAAAAACUGUUACACAUUUCAACUCAGCCAAACCAGAUGGGAUUCUUUUAACAAGGGAAAGGUUGAGGAAACCUGCCAAAACCAACAUGUAAAUGCUUCCAUCCUAACCAUCAGGAAUGAGCAGGAAAACGAAUUCAUUGCAAACCAGCUCAAACCCUAUGAAAGCUUGGUCCAGUUUGUUUGGCUGGGAAUGUUUAUAAACAAAGAUAACCAGACCAUGUGGUACGACGGUACGUAUGUCCAAUUUUCCAACUGGGCAAAAGGCCGACGCGAUUUAAAUGGUGUCUUUAUGGCUGGUCUCACCUCUGACGGCACCUGGAUUUCCCUUGAAGACAAAAGCUUGUAUGAGAGUUUCAGGCAAAAGUCAAUUGUUGUCUGCAAGUUGGAUUAUGAGUCCAAAAAGGAGUACAUGAUCUCAACCAAGAACCUGAAAGCCUACGACACCGUAUCUUAUGAGGUUGUCACCAAACAGUUAACUUGGUAUCAGGCGCUGGAAGAGUGUAGUCAGCGUGGCGGUCACUUGGCAAGUGUUCACGACAAAAACCAGAACGACCACUUGAAGCUCAUUGCCAAAACAGAUGGCUUCCCGCUCUGGAUUGGCCUGUCGAACCAGGAUGUCAGUGGCUCAGCGUACGAGUGGUCUGAUGGGACUACAUUUGAAAACAUUUUCAAAAUCACAGAAUCGCUGACAGACUCCAGCUCAAAUGAGCCCAACUGCGUUCUCAUAAAACCUGGCGGAGACUGGGUGAGAACCAGCUGUGGUACCCUACAAGAUGGCGCCAUCUGCUACACCACCAACACCACAACGUCUUCCCAAAGAGCCAAGCUACAAACUGCCUCAGAGACCAAUCGCUGUCCUCAGAGUGCCGGGACGUCGCAAUGGGUUCAGCAUCAGAAUCACUGUUAUUUAUUCAAUGGGAGCUUCUAUAACUACAGUGUUUACAGCAUGGAGCAGGCCAAGGCAAUCUGUCAGGAGUUGGAUGCUCACCUACUGACAAUCAAAACGAAACAGGAGAAUGACUUUUUGAGCAAGCAACUCACCGAUGACCCUCUCAUCACCAGCCGAGUGUGGCUCGACAUGAAAUUCGAUUCUCAAGGUAAACCUGUGUCCUGGCAGGAUGGCUCGACUCUAUCUUACACAAACCUGAAGUCUGGGACCUGGACAUCAGGGAGGCAGUCAAAGCCAGAUUGUGUUGUCAUGAUGGCAGGAAAUAACGAAGGCUGGAAACUGGUCAGCUGUGACUCUACCAGAAGCCGUGUUGUCUGUAAAACUGAAGCAAAGUCUGCAGGCUCUCCUGUGGCACUGGGAUUGUUCAUCAUAGUCCUCCUCACUAUACUCUUAGCCGCUGGCUUUGUCAUCUACAAGAAGAAACAAUCCUACUUCUCCUCGACAGUCCGCUAUCAGAGGACCCAGGAUGAUUUAGACACCACCAGUAUAAUGACAGGCCAUGAAUGAACUCUUUUUAGCAAUCAGCCUCAGGAACAACUCAUGUGCCUGCAUUUUGUACAUUCUACUACUCAACAAAAGUGGAUGCAGCCUUCCUUGUUUUUGUUUUAUUAUUAUUAUUUAUUUUUCUCGCUCUUGCCAUAAGAACCCCUAUAGUUCUGUUUAGAUCUGUAAAUAUUGUUUGGAAAGCUGAAUCCAGCCAUGGGCAGCUGAAAGCCAGAGGGUUCUGCUAUCAGAAGGGUUUCUAGUUGAACCCAGCUAUGAACUCAUUACCUGAGCAGGUUAUUAUGGGCUUGACGUUUUAGAUAAAAUUCUCUAAGGAGUAAAUAAUUUUUCCUGAUGCUUUUAGGGGUCUUCCACUAAGAAGCCGCAAACUUCAUGUUAGAUCUAUUUCAUUAGUAGCUUUAUUAGAUAAUAUUUAUUAAAAAUCUACGUUUUAAUUUAAUCAAUGAAGUGAUUUGCAGACUGUGAGAUAGAGUGAAAUAAUUAACGUCUCAAGUUUACAGUGACAGCAGACUUACUUGCGUACCCACCUGCAGUAUUCCUCAGUUCUUUUACUAUGGUGGCAUUUCCACUCACUUUCCAUUACUGCAACCUUUAUUCUUUGAUUAAUGUCCUGUGAGAAGAAGAAGCGUUAAAUAUGCGUGCACAGACCCUAAACAGGAAAGCACAAAUGAAAGCAAAAUAAUUCCCAUCACCGUAGUUUUGGUUACCUUUGGACGCUUUAGGUUUUGUUGAGCCAGUUUCUAAAAGAACGCCCAGCUAUUUUAAACUCCACUUAUUGCUCCUCUAUGAUAACUAUUAGUCACUCCGUUAAGCUUAAUUUUGAGUUGAUGUGGAGAAAUAUGCAACUACCCAUUCCAUCCUAACGGGUUGAAAUGCACUGACACACAUUACUUCAAACUAUAAGAAACCAAACUUGCUUUUUCAUUUUUAUUUUUUUUUGUAUAUAGACUAACUCAAACUAAUCUAAGGAUUCAUUCACAGAUUGUGGACAUCCUAAACUACUACUGUUUUUUUAACCCCAAGUGUUUUCUAGACGAGCAGUUUCACCUCUAAAUACUGUCAAAUACCCAGUUAGAAUAUAAACAGCUGCAAACUGUGGAUUUUAUUUAAAAAUGUAUUUAUACACAAUUUGAAAAAGGAGCUUUUCACUUUAUUGUGUCCAUUCAGACUAAGAUUUACUUUUAUAGGUUAAAUAAGUGAUCUAAAAUGAAAAGAAAUUCAAUUUGUUCAUAUUUGUAUUGUUGAACUAAAGCCUUUAGUUAAAAUCUUUGACACAUGGAGAAAAUGUGUGCCUUCUACUUAAACGCUUUAUGCAUUGUUACUAAUGCAGUAGUUGUGUCAGUAUAUGGAUGAUGUAUUGUUCUGAAGAGCACUGCCUUAGCCUAAAGUGAAUCGACACCCGUCUGUAUAAUUUGUGCAGCUCUGUCUUAUCUAUGCACACAACUACUGAUCGAGAAUGCACUUUAAUAUGUUGAGGGGGAACGGUUCCUGCUGUAUGCUAAAGCACAAUGAUGUUUGGAGAUGAUCCACAGACAUUCAGAUUGCACUGUUUGCUGUAAAUGCUUUGUGUGUGUGUGUUUUUCUUUUGUUUUUGUUUUUUAUUGAAAUGAACCAAAGAGGGGAUGUGAAUUUUAAAAGCUCUUAUUAAGCUGCUGAUCAGUUUGGCUCAUUACCCAAAUAAUAUCAAAACACAAACUUUUGGUUUUUAGACAACAUAUCACAAAUCAGGUACAGUAACCAAUACAUAAAUCAAUAAAAUUUCCUUUUGAAUUUUGA